AUGGGGGGCGCGACUAUUACAGAAGGGUGUUUUACAACGAUUACGAACCGAGCGGAAAUCAUGGAAAGCUUUAAGAAAGAGCAACUGAAUCACAUACCAACCUCUUCUGUCAACUUCCUUGAAGAACUUCCCGAUGUCGUCUUCUAUGCGGUGAUGGGGAAACUUCCUGGAUCGGUCAUCGAAAAUACUAUUCGACAACUCUCAAGGGAUUGCUAUAGAAAGGUUGAGCUGCGCAGAGCAAGACUUCCUCGUGUUUAUAUCAAUGUGCUUUAUGUUCAUGGUAACAGGUUUUGGCCUUUAAUAAGUGAGAGAGCAAGGAAUGACUAUGCGGAAACGAUCGAUCCAACUAACUUAAUUCAACAUUUGGAGUAUUUAAAAGAACGUGCAAUCUUCAGCACCCUCGUUUUGCGGGAUGUCAAUUGGGACAUGUUUGCAAAUUGCAAGUUCGAAUGCGAAGAAUUGUCAUGUUUUGUCCUUGGAACGAAUCUUUCGCGGGAAAGAUUCAUAGAUAUUUUUCACAGUAUAAGACCAACACGCAAGCUAGAUAUUUCGGCGGAUGGGGACAACAAAAAUUUUCCUGUUACGAGAGACUUUUUCACGAAUAGUUAUGCGAUUGGAUUGCAAGAAGUUCGAUUGGUUGGUUCCGGGAAUGCCAUGGUUGAUCCACUAAAUGACACGAUCUUGUUGGACUCAACUCCUUUGAUUUUUUACGAGCGUCAAAUUGAUCAAAUUGGCCUUCGAGUAGUUGGAGGGGAAGCAGAACGUCAAAAUUUCUUGCGCAACUUACCUGGAUUGCAAGUUGUUAAACGGCUCCGCGGCGAGGGCUACAUCGAAGAUGUCCGCGCUUUGAAAAGGGCAAAUGGGGACGUUGUUCAGCUUUGUGUUUGCAGUGAUGGAAUAGGCCAUAUUGAUAUCUCCAUGGUUCGACUAGUGCCCGGCCCGGAAGCUGGCUUAUAUAGGCGGUAUGAUGACGUGGAA